ACGCAGCCGUAAGCAUUAAAACCUGCCGGUUGCAGCUGCCUGAGUCUGAGAACUGAACUUAUUAAGCUUUUAGUAGCUUUGUAUGUUUUUAAAGUUUUGUGUUAGUGUAAAAACUCAGUGUCUGUAAGUGACGUUAUGUGAAAAUGUCGUUUUGAGUAAAGCGCAUUUCCGGUUUCUUCAUGUUUAAUGUUGCUUAGCACGGCUAAGCUAAGCUAAAAGCUAAGCUAAAGCAGAGAGAGGCUAACAGUGAUGGCGUUCCCGGAGCCCCGACCGCAGCCUGACCGCCUCCCGCAGCACCUUCUCCGGACUGUAGAGUGUCAACAAGGCGCCGUCAGAGCGGUUCGCUUCAACGCUGAUGGGAAUUACAUGUUGACAUGCGGCAGCGAUAAAAGCCUGAAGUUGUGGAGCGUGAGCCGAGGAGUCCUGCUGAAGAUGUACAGCGGUCACGGCUACGAGGUGCUGGACGCAGACGGCUCUUAUGAUAACAGCCAGCUGUGUUCGUGCAGUGCAGACAAGACGGUGGUCCUUUGGGACGUGGGGACUGGGCAGGUCACUCGCAAACUCCGCGGCCAUGCCGGGAGGGUGAACUGCAUCCAAUUCAACGAAGAGGCCACUGUAAUGCUCUCAGGUUCUAUAGACGGCACAGUGCGCUGCUGGGACACUCGAUCCAGAAAGAUGGAACCGAUUCAGACUCUGGACGAUGCACAAGACGGCAUCAGCAGCCUGAAAGUGGUUGAGCAUGAACUGCUGACUGGUUCUGUGGACGGCAGAGUGAGGCGCUAUGAUCUGCGGAUGGGCCAACUGCACGUUGACUACGUCGGCAGUCCGAUCACGUGUGUGUGUUACAGUCAGGAUGGUCAGUGCACCCUGAGCUCCAGUCUUGAUGCCAGUGUGCGUCUGUUAGACAAGAGCACUGGAGAGCUGCUGGGAGAAUAUACAGGACACAAGAAUAAAGAAUACAAGUUGGACUGCUGUCUGUCUGAGAAAGACACUCAUGUGCUGAGCUGCUCUGAGGACGGUCAUGUGUACUGCUGGGACCUGGUGGAGGGCUCAUUAACGCUGAAGCUGCCUGUGGGGAAAGCCGUGGUCCAGUCGCUGAGCUUUCACCCCACAGAGCCUCGCUUGCUGACAGCCAUGGAGGGGCGUGUCCAGGUCUGGGGGGCAGAGCCAGAGGAAGCGGACACGGCGGAGUGAGGCUCGCCGACGCAGGAGCAGGCAGAGGCGGAGAGCUUCUCGACUUUGUGCCAGCGGUGUGUGUUGUCGAGGAAGGCCAUGUCCUCGUGGCGAAUGGGGCGGCAGCAUGGCGUGGGAUGCCAGGUCUCAGCAGGGGGCAGAGCGCCGCUCAAGCGCAGAUUGGUGAGGGUGAGGUCGUGGUUGGACGGCACACGCGGGCACACGCCACUGCAGUACUUAAACAACACCGUUUCAUCCGAGUCGUAACCGAGUCCAAGGUCUCGUACCUGCAACACGAACAUGUGUAUACAGGAAACUGUAAACAUGUGCAUUAAUGUCACAGUGUACCAGUCAACUGAAAGCUCACUGCUGACUUCAUCAAUUAAAAUGUAUUAUCGUCAUUUCCUGCUGCUCAGAUCACUGAUCACGACGUCGCUGACUAAAACUAAUCCAGACAUCAAUCUGUUUUUAGCUCUACUGCUCCUCGGACUUUGGCUGUUACUACAGUUUUGGUGUUUUUAGCCUUUCAGGAUACAAGUGAAUCUUUGAGAGAACAAAACUUAAUAAUGGACUUUUUGUUAUAUAAAUAAAUAAUUUGCAACAAGACUUCUGUAAAAAGAUUUCCUAAUAAAUGUCUCCUCCCUCAGC